AUGUCCGUCGCCAUCCUGCCCCUCUCCACAUCCAACGGCUGGCCGCCCAGCGUGGCAGGCAUCGUGCAGCCCUCCCAGUCCUCGUUCCUAAAGGGCUAUCUCAUAACGCCCAUCGCAGUUUCCUCUUCACCCACACACCUCCCACUCCUGUCCCCUUCCUCCCCACCCCGAUCCCUCCCUCUCCUCCCCUCCCAGUCCUCCUUCCUGUGGGGCUAUCUCAUAACGUCCAUCGCAGUUUCCUCUUCACCCACACACCUCCCACUCCUGUCCCCUUCCUCCCCACCCCGAUCCCUCCCUCUCCUCCCCUCCCAGUCCUCCUUCCUGUGGGGCUAUCUCAUAACGCCCAUCAUGCCUAAUUCCCGCUUCACCCCCCCUCGCCCACCUAUGCCCUCCCCCCCUCCCUCCCCCCCUUUCCCCUCCCCACCUUCCCAGUCCUCCUUCCUAUGGGGCUAUCUCAUAACGCCCAUCAUCGGGGGGUCGCUCGCCGACCGUUAUGGCGGGCGCCCCGUGCUGGCAGCUGGGCUGGCGCUCUGGUCGCUGGCCACACUGCUCACUCCCUCCGCUGCUGCUCAUUCGUUGGGUGCCCUCUUAACUGUGCGCGCUGUCAUGGGGCUGGGGGAGGGCGUUGCCCUACCCUGCAUGAACCACAUGGUUUCACGCUACGUGCCAGAGAACAGGCGGGCCUGGGCCGUAGGAAUCUGCUUCGCGGGAUUCCACGUGGGCAGCAUGCUAGGGCUGCUCUCCGCUCCUUCCCUCAUGGCCCUGCCGGGUCUGGGAUUGACCGGCCCCUUCCUGAUCUUUGGAGCGCUGGGGCUGCUCUGGCUCGCGCUCUGGCUGCUCCUCGUGCCUGCUGAUGCCGCUGCUGCACCUAGUGCUUCUGCUGCCUCUUGUGCUCAUAGUUUUGAGUCGACUCAAAAGGUGCCCGGCGAUGCUCCUGCUGCGCCUAGUGCUUCUGCUGCCUCUGGUGCUGUUAGUGGCGGGCAGCUGGACGGGAAGCAGAGGAUGCAGAGUGGGUCGCGCGUUACGGUGUGGCAGCUGCUGUCGCACCCGGCCUCAUGGGCCAUCAUCAUCGCCAAUACCGUCAAUAACUGGGGCUACUUCAUUCUGCUCUCCUGGAUGCCACUCUACUUCAACCAGGUGCUGCACACGGACAUCCGCCAGGCGGCGUGGUUCAGUGUGGGCCCAUGGGCGGUGCUGCACACGGACAUCAGGCAGGCAGCGUGGUUCAGUGCGGGGCCAUGGGCGGUCAUGGCGGGGAUGGGGCUGCUCGCAGCAGGGGUGGCGAACCGCAUGGAGGGCAGACAGGGCAUGACCCGCACCGCCGUGCGCAAAGUCAUGCAGACUGCCGGGUUCCUGGGGCCGGCUGCAUCGCUGCUGCUGCUCACGCGCAUGACCUCCGCCCCCCUCGCUGCCCUCUGCCUCACUGCUGCUCUCGGCCUGAGUGCAUUUAGCCAAGCCGGGUGGCUCCUCAACCACAAGCCAAGCCGGGUGGCUCCUCAACCACAAGGUGCGCGCUCUGCAACCCUCCUCUCCACCCCUCGCUUUCUCCAUCGCUUAAUCUCUCACUCUUCCUCACUGCUGCUCUCAGCCUGA